GUGAAACUCAGACAGUCGUUGUCACUGAGAGGUGAAAUGGCGCAGCAAGGAGCUCAGCUGGACGGAGCAAAAUUCUGCUGUUCGAUCUGUCUGGAUCUACUGAAGGAUCCGGUGACUAUUCCCUGUGGACACAGCUACUGCAUGAGCUGUAUUAAAGGUUUCUGGGAUGAAGAGAAUGAGAAGAAAAUCUACAGCUGCCCUCAGUGCAGACAGACCUUCACACUGAGGCCUGUCCUGGUGAAAAACACCAUGUUAGCAGAUUUAACGGAGGAGCUGAAGAAGACGGGACUCCAAGCUGCUCCUGUUGAUCACUGCUAUGCUGGACCUGAAGAUGUGGCCUGUGAUGUCUGCACUGGGAGGAAGCUGAAAGCUCUUAAGUCCUGUCUGGUGUGUCUCGCCUCUUAUUGUGAGAAACACCUUCAGCCUCAUUAUGAUGCAGCUCCAUUAAAGAAACACAAGCUGGUCGACCCCUCCAAGAAGCUCCAGGAGAACAUCUGCUCUAGCCACGACACAGUCUCAGCUGCAGCAGAAAGGACUGAGAGGCAGAGAGAGCUCGAGGUGAGUCGACAAAACAUCCAGCAGAGAAUCCAGGACAGAGAGAAAGAUGUGAAGGUACUUCAACAGGAGGUGGAGGCCAUCAGUCGCUCUGCUGAUAAAGCAGAGGAGGACAGUGAGAAGAUCUUCACUGAGCUGAUCAGUCUCAUCCAGAAAAGAAGCUCUGAUGUGAAGCAGCAGAUCAGAUCCCAGCAGGAAACUGAAGUGAGUCGAGUCAAAGAGCUUCAGGAGAAGCUGGAGCAGGAGAUCACUGAGCUGAAGAGGAAAGACGCUGAACUGAAGCAGCUCUCACACACAGAGGAUCACAACCAGUUUCUACACAACUACCCCUCACUGUCACAACUCAGUGAACCUACAGACUCAUCCAGCAUCAAUAUCCGUCCUCUGAGAUACUUUGAGGAUGUGACAGCAGCUGUGUCAGAGCUCAGAGAUCAACUACAGGACAUCCUGAGGGAGAAAUGGACAAACAUCUCACUGACAGUGACUGAAGUGGACGUUUUACUGUCAGAACCAGAACCCAAGACCAGAGCUCAGUUCUUAAAAUAUUCAUGUGAAAUCACACUGGAUCCAAACACAGCAAACACACAGCUGUUAUUAUCUGAUGGGAACAGAAAAGCAACAUCCAUGAGUCAACAACAGUUUUAUUCUAGUCAUCCAGACAGAUUCACUGUAUGGCGUCAGGUCCUGAGUAGAGAGAGUCUGACUGGACGUUGUUACUGGGAGGUGGAGUGGAGAGGAGGAGUUUGUGUAGCAGUCACAUACAAGAAUAUCAGCAGAGCAGGAAACUCAAAUGAAUGUGGAUUUGGACGCAAUGACAAAUCUUGGUCUUUAGAUUGUGACACUAACAGUUAUACAUUUAGGUUCAACAAAGUCUCAACUCCCGUCUCAGGUCCUGGUUCCUCCAGAGUAGGAGUGUACCUGGAUCACAGUGCAGGUAUUCUGUCCUUCUACAGCGUCUCUGAAACCAUGACUCUCCUCCACAGAGUCCAGACCACAUUCACUCAGCCUCUCUAUGCUGGACUACGUCUUUAUUAUUCAUUCUCUGUCGGGGUCACUGCUGAGUUCUGCAAACUCAAAUAGACAGAAGUCAUUUAAGGGACAGUCGGUUAAAUUCUGAGUUAAUUCUUAAAAUGAUUUUGUCUCUGUCAUUGUUGCUGAGAGCUCGUUGCUGCAGUGUUUCUGCACAGAGAUCAGCUGUCAAUCAAACAUUAUGGUCAACUUUGACAUCUUCUCAUCUGUUGUUAUAUAAAUAUUUGAGUUUCUUUAGUUGCUGCUCUUUCUUGUGUCUGUUUCACCAUGGAGGCUUUCACUGAUCAUGAUGAUUUUGUUUUAUACACAAACUUGCAUUUCUCAACUCUGCUCUUGUUUCUCUUCCACUUCAUCAGUCUGAACAGAGAAAGAACCAGAACUUCCUUUAUCAAUAGAUAUUUUACUCUCACGACUUUGUAAAUCUGUCAAGAACUUUACAUUCACAUUGAUGCAUUUGGUCAUGUACAAAUCAGGUAUUAUUAAGUAUUAUAAUACUUGAAUUAUUGUGAUAAUAAUCAAUAAGGAGAUCAUUUAUUAUGUUCUUGUACAUAGCUGACAUUCUGGGUUAAACUAACUGAUUGUGUGGAUGAAGUGAAUCUG